GAGAGGAGGAGCGCAAACUGCUUCAUGACAUGAGCGCAGGAGGUUGCAUCGCACGCAGAGUAGCGCUUGUCGCUAUACCCACGGAAUCACAAGGGAUCCUACACUAUUUAUGAAGGCAGCAUUAUUGUCUGCAUGACGUCCUUUCAAGGCAAACCAAAGAGUAUCACGGACCAUGGGCGAGGCUGGGCAUGGCGAGCAAGGCUCGAUGCUCAGUCCACUGUUACAGACACAUGAGCUGCGUGUUGUGUGCACAUCGUGCUACGAACAGCCUCACGAUGGCACUUCCUCCACCAUCCACGAUUCUCACCUGUGCGCUCGAAACAUCUUGCUAGCCAGGCAGAGAGGAGGCAGAGAGGCAGACUGGAGGCUUGUUUCCCCCAGGCCUAAAUUCCGAAACCCAGGGAAGUAUGUGAAGUGCUUAUACACAGUGGAAGGAGGGAGGUGCCUCCAGUAUGGCAAGCGCUGCACUUUUGCCAAAAGCGACGAGGAGGCAGCCGUGUGGAACUUCCUGAAAAACAGAAGGCUUGAGCACAGCUUGCUGAUUCGCCUGGUUUGCCAUGCUCAGGGAUGUGAAGAAGAGGAGGAGUUGGGCGUGGCAGAGAGAAUUCAGAGCCUCUUCACCGGCUACUUCGUCCACCUCUGCCAUACCUGCUUCCACAGCAGACCCCGGCAGAUUACCCCCGAGUGUCCUGCCAAGGGGUGCGGUCACCCCACCCACCCCGCUCUGGUCCUCUUCCAAGUGGGUGGAUCCCAAGACGAAAAAGUGUCAGUCAGCGAGAUCCGCCCCAUCCCCCCGGGCCUGUACGUCCAGCAGUUCCGACACUGUUGGUACGUGGAAGGAGGGGCCCAGUGCCGGACCGAGUGCACGUUCACCCACAGCGAGGCGGAGAUGGCCGUGUGGACGGCCGAGAGGAACGAGGGCCUGGACCGCAACGAUCUGGUGACGAUACUCGAGGAGUCGGAGGCACAGGAAGUGCCUCGGUUCCACUGUGGCUUGUGCCAGCUUCAGUUCUCCUCGGAGGACGGCUUCGUCAGCCACUGCUCCUCCCUCGCCCACGAGAGGAGGUACUGCGAAGAAGGAGACCCGGCCGCUGACUGGAAGUACCGAUGCCCGCCAAAUGGCAGCCAAGCCCUUGAGCUGUGCAAAAGACCAGAAACCUGUGAAUAUGGAGAGAACUGCACAGCUGCUCACUCGAACGAGGAGCUGCAGGAAUGGUGCCUGAGGAUGAGGAUGAUUCGCAGGAAGAGGAAGGCUGCCCAGGAGCAGGGCCUGCUGUCCUACCGGGACCAACUGCUGAUGGAAUAUAGGGAGAGCCUCAAUGAAGUUCUCAUUAUUUCCGAAGAUGUAGAGGGUGUCACAGUCACUUGCGAUAAGGAUCUAAAUUUUAGCAGUGAGAAGAAAAAAUUGAAAGUAACAUGGACUUUCACAAUAAACUCUGAGACCCUUGACCUGGCCCUCCUACACCUGCCCGGGCCUUUCAUCCAGAUCAUUGUCCCCUGUCAUCGUAGGACUGAGACGGAGGAAGAGCUACUGAGGGACUACAAACCUCCUCGGCUGAACCCAGCCUUUAACCCUGCAGCUGACAGUGAUGUUCCCUUGACCCGGAAGAACUACAGGGAGAGGAUGCACAGCUUCCUGUAUAGAGAGGAGUUGGCACAAGAAGAGGUGCUGUCCAGGCUCAGCCUGCAGAGUGCCACUGUCUCGCUGUCCGACACCAUCACUACUUCUUGGUAUGACGUGAAAGUUGCUCCAUUCCGAAAGCUCUAUGCCUCAGUCCCACUGUCCCACUCCCUGACUCCUCACACCCCAGAGGGUCAGCUGCUCAGGACAGCUGUUGGCUCUGCACUUGUGGCCCCUUCUCCCUCUGCCAAAAAGAAGGUGUACGAGGCGCUAGUGCUGCUGGAGGCUAGCACCGAGGACAGGAUCUACCUACUACUCUCCAGAGAAUGCUGCUCUGACCUGAGCCUCCGGAAGGACACCUCCUACCCCAUGGACAUCCAGUUCCAGCUGAACCACCUCCAGUUCUGUGAGUGGCACCAGGCGGUCGACCUUCUUCCAGACGUGGAGUGGGUCCUUCCAGAUCUGAUCCGAGGCAGCGUCCCUGAGCACACUGGCGACUUCACCAAUCUCAAGCUUAAUGCCAAGCAGAGAGCUGCCGUGGCCCUGAUCAUCGGGGAGCCAAGUCAACAGCUGUCAACAGCCCCUGUGCUCAUUUAUGGGCCCUUUGGAACAGGGAAAACGUUUACCCUGGCAACAGCCAUAAAGGAACUCCUCCGACAGCCCUGCACCAGAGUCCUGAUCUGCACCCACACAAACAGUUCUGCAGAUCUUUAUGUGAAAGAUCACUUCCAUCAGUAUGUGGUGAGUGGACACCCAGAGGCCCGCCCCCUCAGAAUAAAGGCCAGUAAGAAGGGGUUGGGUGUAAAAAGAACUGACGACAUCACUCGACGCUACUGCCUUGUCUCCCCUGACUGUGAGUCCUUCCUGUUUCCUGAGAGAUCCGACCUGGACUCACAUCGAGUGGUGAUAACCACCACCUCAAUGGCACGGCACCUCCACGACCUGAAGCUCCCAUCUGACUACUUCACUCACAUCCUGAUUGAUGAGGCCUCUCAGAUGCUGGAAUGUGCCGCCCUGAUUCCCCUGACGCUGUCUGGGUCAGGGACGAGGGUGGUUCUGGCCGGGGACCACAUGCAGACAGGACCAAAGCUGUUUUCGCUAAAAGGGGGUGGCAGCAGCUCUGACUACACUCUGCUCAAUCGCCUCUUCGUCUAUUACCAAGGACAGAAGGGUAAAGCAGCCUCAAGGAGCAGGGUCAUCUUCAGUGAAAAUUAUCGCUGCACAAAGGAGAUUGUGGACUUCAUCGCCGCCCACUUUUACUUUGGCAAGGUUGACCUCAGUGAUAAAGGCAUAAAGGCCAGUGGCAGGGUUCCCCCUCACCCUCGAUUCCACCCGCUGAGGUUCCAUCACAUCCGUGGAACUUGCUUUUGGGACAAGGAGUCCAUGUCUUGGUACAAUCCUAAGGAGGCCACAAGUGUGGUAGAGAUAGUGGAGGAACUACUCAAAGAAUGGCCACCCAAAUGGGAAAAUCAAAAACAGCAAGCUAUUUGUGUCCUGUCAGAAGGUCGUCAGAUUCGAUUAAUCAGGCGUGAACUGAAGAAAAAAAAACUGGGAGAAGUUAUUGUGGAAACUGUAUACAAUGUACAAGGAAAGCAGUUCAGAGCCAUUUUGAUGACGGCAGUCCACACUCGAGACAGCCUGCUCUCGUCAAACUCAGAAUACCCGGAACUCUUUGGAGACACACGUGUGCUGAACACGGCUAUGACCAGAGCACAAUCCCUGGUAGUUGCUGUUGGUGAUGCCCCGGCUCUGUGCAACUUUGGAAAGUGCUCCAAAAUCUGGAAAAGCUACAUUAAGCAAUGCAUUGACAAGGGGAGUGCCAGUCCAGAGCACAUCACUAUCAACAGCAUCGAGCAAGAAGUAAGGGAAAUUGUCAAGUUCCAUAAAACAGAGGAGGGUUACAACAGUGAUAGUGAGUCAGACACAAGCAAAAUUGAGGACCCCAUUCUUCAGGAGCUUCUGGAUGAAGGCAAUGAUGUUCAAGUGGCCAUCACAAAAGAAGGACUAUUGGAGAUCAUCCAAAAUGCUUUCUCUGGUGACACAACAGUGGGUGAAGAUUGGAGUGACACCAACACUGAGCUAUUGUUGAGGACAAAUCCUCGUGACUUCAAGCGCUGUAAGCUCAUUAAGGAGACCUUUGACUCAGGGUACGCUAUACCCCUAGACGAGCCCACACGCCGCAUUAACAUUACAGGGAGAGAGAACAUUGGCAGAUCUUUUCCAGGAGACGUUGUUGCUGUAGAGAUCUUGAGUCGUGAUGACAGUUCUUGGAAUGGUAAAGUGGUGGGGGUCCUGAAGGGGGAGUCCCAAUCCAUAUUUGUCUGUGCCAUUGACAUGUAUGAUCCCCAAGUGAUGACGCCCGUCAAUAAGGGCGCCUGCAAAAUAUUCACACCCUUUGUCAAGAGCAAGCCCAACUGGGUUGCAGUGCGGAAGAAUGAAAACGGACGUUGGAUUCCACAUGAAUUUGUCGAGAUCAAUGAGAAUUCAAGGCAAAACUACCUUUUUGUUGUUGAAGUAUUGAAAUGGGUCAAACCUUGUCGGUAUCCCCUAGGAGUUGUUACAAAGGUGCUUCAGCAAACAGGAUCUGAAGAAGAUGGACUUGAACAGUUGGACAUAGAAUACCAAUUGACAAAAGAGCCUCCUAAAUAUAACAAAGAAUUCAACUUCAAAUUUAGUUUGAAAAACAGACUGGAUUUCCGUGAAUAUGCCACCUUCACAAUUGAUAGAUGCAAGUCGCAGGACCUCGAUGAUGCAAUCAGCGUGAGAGAUUUGGGAAAUGACUAUGAAAUUGGUGUUCACAUUACUGAUGUUGCAAGCUUUGUGACCAAGGGCAGUGAAAUAGACAAAUACGCAGAAAACCAAGGAAAUGUGCUCUACCGGCUAAAUGACAAGCCAGCGUUUUUGUUUCCUGAAGAGUUGAGAGAAGGCUGUUUGAGCCUGCUUCCUGAAUGUGAGCGUUAUGCCAUAUCAUUGAUGGUGGUCAUUGAAAAGGAAAGCGACAGGAUUAAGAAAAUGACCUUUGCCCUCUCCCUGAUAAAGUCAAAGAGUAAGAUGACAUAUGAGCAAGCUGAGAAAAUCAUCCAAAACCAUUAUGUGGACAAAGUCCCACAAAAGUUUGCCUCUUUGGAGGAUUGCCUUGCUGUGUCAUACCACUUUUCUGUGGUUCACAGGCGGCACAGGUUGUCUGGCAACUGGUUCCAUGUUCAGUCUGAUGAAGGUGUUCGCCAAGGCAAAGGGAUGUCCUAUGACAUGGUAGCAGAGCUCAUGAUCAUGUACAACAGUUUUGUGUCCGGGUUCUUGAUUGACAAUGAGGAGACACAGAGUCUCACCCCUCUAAAAUGUCAAGACUGCCCAGAUCCCAAAGAGGUGUGCCAGUUUUUGACCAGACACAGUGCCCUGAUGCCAUUCUCUGCUCAGCUCUCUCACCUUUGGGAUGAGAAUGCAAAUUUGGACAAUGACAAUGCCAAAGGCCAAUCAGCAGAUGAAGAAAUAUUAAACAAUGAAGAGGACAAGGCAGACAGGGAAACCAUGGUGAUUACAAAACAAUGCCUCAGCCCUGAGAGUUUUAGAGAGUUCACCGUGUUCACAUCCUUGCUUAAGAGACUCGAGGUCGCAGCUCAAAACAGGGACUUUCACACAUUAGUUUACCUUAUUACAGCUGACGAAGUCCACCCACAGCUCCAACCCGCGGCAGCCGAGUUUAGGGGUCUCCUCCAGAAGAGCUACAUCCAUCGCUCCAAAUCCACGGCCCAGUCAAAGGUAGGUCAUCACGACUUGCAGCUUGACUCCUACACCUGGGCCUCCUCUCCAAUGCGGCGAUACAUGGAUAUCAUUGUGCAGAGGCUGCUGCACUCUGCACUUGAUGAAACCAGGCCCAGAGUCAGGUACACUUCUAAAGAAAUUGAUCUGUUCUGUGCCCUCUACAUGGUAAAAUGCAGCAGGAAGGCUGCAUUUGACACUGAGGUACAGAACCGUAAGACAGCUAUCUGUUUGAGCCGUCAGAGUGCACAAAUGAUGGCUGUUGUGAAUGAAUUGAAUCCUGAGGGACACACAUUCCAGGUGUCCUUUCCUCUAAACCAAGUCUCACUGUCACAAAUGCUCUCCAUAUGGUAUAAGCACCUCAAACUAAAAGACCAGCCAAAGUACAAUACAGACAGCCAUUCCAUGAUACUAAAAUGGAGUCAAAGGGUGUACUCAUUCACAAACGCCCAUAUCUACUCUGAACUUGAAGGGGUCCAGCCAAAUCCCCACAUCACCCCAGUUCAGACAGAUACAUGGAAGCGCCUCGUUUUAGCGAUCAGGUCAGAGGACUGGGAUGAGGUUCUCUGCUGUGUUCGGGAAAUCAAGCCAAGCUUAAGCAGAGGUUUGAAGAAGGGAAAAUGCAGAUCUUCUGUUUGUAAACACUACGCUGAAGUCUCUUUGGAGCUGAAGGUUGGACAGAGUCUCCCAGUACAGCUGGGCACAGACACAAGUCGUGGUAAAACCUUCCCUGCAGUGCAGCUGGUGAACAUCCGUCCACAGUUUGAUAUUUGCCUGCAGCACGCAAAGAACCCGAUCAAGUGCUUUUCCAGCCGAGCCCCCCAGGCAUCAAAGCAAAAGUACAGCAACUUCGGGGAGUAUAUGGAUAUCUGGGGGCCACUGUGUGAAGUGGACACAGCUUACAGUGCAGUGGAAGAAAAUGACAGCAUUGUCCUUGAAGGUGUGAGAAUCACAUGGAAGGAUAAAAGAGAACAGAACCUUGAAGGUUACUUCUGCCUGCCUCUGGAACAGAAAAAGCAAUGGUCCAUAAACUGUGACCUCAAAAACUGCUUCCUUUGCAUUAGACUGAGGGGACAGAUGGGAAAUGGGAUGGAAGGAUUGGAUUCUUCUAGGAUUUCCCCACUCUCAGACUUGGAGGACCCCAUGUUCUUUACAUGGGUAGCUCAUGGAGUAACCAACCAGGGAUCAAAAAGGCUUUUACACCCUCAGAUUGACUUUAAACUCAACCACCUCUCCAUGGAGAACACCCCAAGAACUGUUUUCUCUGAGAAUACAAUGUUCACAGUGGAACUGAUCCCCAAAAAACUACCUCACAUUCUCAGGGAGCGUGCCAUUGCCAACCUGAAUCGUGCCAAUGAGCUUGUGAAAAACAUCACCACGGGCAAGACACCAAGUGGAUUGUUUGAAAAUAAUACACAGGACUUUACCAUUUCUGAUGGUCCAUGGCCUGCUCUCAAUAAAAGCCAGCAUGAUGCCAUAAAAAGAGCACUGGAGAUGCCCUUCUCGCUCAUACAAGGCCCACCAGGAACAGGGAAAACCGUGGUUGGGAUCCAUAUCGUCUACUGGUUCUUUAAGAGGAAUCACGCAGCAGAAGCCAUGGAUCACCACACCCAUAACAACAAGGGGUUGAAUAAAAAGACUGGAAUUUUAUAUUGUGGGCCUUCCAAUAAAUCUGUGGACAUUGUCGCUGAGCAACUCCUGAAGUUGAAAGAUGAGCUGAAACCUCUCAGAGUUUAUAGCGAUCAGAUCGAGAUGCUUGAGUUUCCCUACCCAGGGAGUGAUAUGAUGGUGUGCCGCAAGUCUCUCCGUGAAGAGAAGCCCAACAAAGAGCUGGGAUCUAUCACCCUGCGCUAUCUGAUCCGGGAAUCAGAUAAUCCAUAUUCCUGUGAAAUCAAAUCUUUCGAAAAGAGAAUUGAAGAAAAGGGCAUUUCUGAUGACGAAAUAGCUAAUUACAAGAAACUGUUGAACAAAGCGCGCCAGUACGAACUGAGAAAGCAUGAUGUCGUCCUCUGUACUUGUGCGGCCGCCCAAGACCCAAACUUCGUCAAGACAAUGAACUUCCGCCAGAUUCUCAUAGAUGAGUGUUCAAUGGCAACAGAGCCAGAGGCUUUGAUUCCACUGGUUGCCCACAAGCCAGAACAGAUUGUGUUGCUAGGAGACCAUAAACAAUUUCAGCCCAUUGUUCAAUGCAACCUAGUCAAGACACUGGGCAUGAAGAAAUCACUGUUUGAGCGCUACCAAGAGUCCCAUGAGGAUUUGGCUACAAUGCUUGACACACAAUACAGAAUGCAUGAGGACAUAUGUAAAUUUCCCUCAGAGACAUUUUACAAUGGUGGUCUGAAGACGGAGGCCAAACGUGAGACUAGCGUCCUGUUGUCUCCAUCCAAGACGCCGACUCCUAUACUGUUCGGCCAUGUGGAUGGGAAGGAAGAGGUGCUGGUGGUUUCCACCGAGCAAGGGAAUGAAAACUCCACAAUGAAUGUGGAGGAGGCUGAACAGGCGGUUGGUGUCAUCAUGUUAUUGUUGCUAUGGAGAUCACAAACCAAUUCAAACAAAUCCUGUGAUGUUAUGAUAUGCUAUAAAUCUAUAAAACUGUAUAUAGCUGACCUACAUGGGGGUCUAAGCAGGAUGAGAACGAGGCAAAGGUACCACAGAUUGGCAUUUAUCUGUCAUAAACUGUGGGCAUGUGCAUCUUACUCAUUUUGUUAUGUUUUGAAAAUUGAAGAGUGUAUUUUUUCAGUAAAUUCCCAGCCUUCUCUUUUCAUACUCUUCCAGGUUCGAAUCGCCAGUCUGCUUAUCUCUAAAUCUGGUAUUGAACCCACAAGUAUUGCCAUCUUGACGCCCUACAAUGCACAGAUGUCAAAGAUGAACAAGAUCCUGAAUGAGAAAGGCAUUAAGGAUGUUGCAGUGUGUACCAUUAUGAAAAGUCAAGGAAGUGAGUGGCGCUACGUCAUCCUGUCCACAGUUAGAUCCUGUCCCCGGUCAGAGAUUGACAGACAGCAGCCAAGGCCCACGAAAGCAUGGCUGUCAAAGCAGCUGGGCUUCAUCACAGAUCCCAACCAGGUCAACGUGGCCAUCACCAGGGCUCAGGACGGCCUCUGUAUCCUCGGAAAUCAGCACUUACUGAAGUGCAAUCCCCUCUGGGAAAAAUUGCUGGCACAUUACCAGAAACAACAAUGUGUGGUGGAUCCAGCAAAAGGAAUCCGGGUUGACUCCAGAGAUAAAUCCAAAUCCAAGCGACGGAAAUGACCUGUAUGACUUACCAACGGCAUGAUGCCUAAAUCUACUGCUUAUAGAUUGUGUGUGUCAUAGCAUGGUAAAACAUAGCUCAGCUUAACGCCCAGGAGUUUUAUGACUAAUUUUCUCUGUAAUUCUGGAAAUACUUGAAAAUAUUCCCUGACUUUGGAAAAAAAACACCUAAAAGAGGGCAAAUGCAUUAUGUUAUGUUCAUUUAUCAAAUGUUCUCAUCGAGAUGCUCUUCUAGAGUGACUUGGAAUUAAAAAGAACAAGGUGCAUCAAAUAUGAAUUAUGAAUUAUCACAAACUAUGAAAUGUAGAAAUAUAUGAAGAACUGUAAUAUUGAUAUGGAGAAAAUUUAACCUGCAUUACUUUAGUAAAAAUUAGCAGCUGUCUAAAUGAAUUGUGUCUAUAAAUAUUAUCUGUGUAAGAAACUAAGUCACUCUAGAUGAAAGCAUCUGCUAAAUGCUUAAAUGUAAAGCCUCUUAGGCGGGUGUCCUCAGGUGCUGGUGAGUCGUACGCUGUACGCUGGCUUUU